AUGGCACUGCCGCCCGGAUUGUCCUACUAUGAUGGCCCUCUCGUCGAGACGGCCAACGGCGGUGUCUCGGACUGGGUAGAGUACAAAAACGUCAAGGCCUACACGAACGCGUUCGUCAUUGUGGACGAUACCAAGGUUCUUCUCGGCUUGAAGAAGAGAGGCUUCGGUAGAGGACUGUGGAACGGCUUUGGCGGCAAGGUCGAUCUGGGGGAGACUCCCUUGCAGGCGGCCGUUCGCGAACUUGAGGAGGAGGCGGGUAUCACAGCCCCGCUGGAGCAGUGCGGCACGCUCUUCUUCGCCGUCGACGGAGUCGAGGCCGCGUUCAACAUCGACGUCUUUCGCGCGCACGAGUACACCGGGACGAUCACUGAAUCGGACGAGAUGCGUCCGCGAUGGUUCUCCAUACAGGGCGACCUGCUCCCGCCAAGCAAGCCUUCAGCGACACUAGAUCGCGCUCCACAAGAGGGUAUCGCAGCGCUCCCCCCGAUCCCGCUCGAGCAGAUGUGGGCUGACGACGAGUUCUGGUUGCCGUUGAUGUUUGCCCGGCGGUACUUCGUCGGCCGGGCGGACUUCAGCGCGGACAACAAGAUGUUGAAGUGGUGGUUUGGAGCCGCGCCGCCGCCAUCCUGA